AUGACACGCACUUGGCAGGACAUUGCGAAGGCUAAACAGACUGCACUCUUAGACUCGAUCCCUCCAGAAUGGCGUGUACCGACCGAUAUCAUGCCUCCGGACUCUCAACUGGACGUAACAGGUUUUCCCCGAGACAGUGGUUUCUUCACCAAGGAUGAGCUCAAAUACACUACAGCCAAAAUCCCAGAAAUCCUGCAGCAGAUCCACAGUAAAGCAUGGAAGGCAGUAGACGUUGCCCAAGCUUUCUCCAAGCGUGCAGCUGUAUGUCAUCAGUUGACGAACUGCUUGUCUGAGACUCUGUUUCCGGAAGCAUUGGAAAGAGCAAAGUUCUUAGAUGACCAUCUGCAGAAGACUGGAGAGCCCAUUGGACCGUUGCAUGGACUUCCAGUGUCGCUGAAAGACAACUUCAACAUCAUCGGCAAAGACUCUACCCUGGGGUUCGUAUCUUGGGUCGGAGUGCCUGCAACGUACAACACGGUCUUGGUGGAUGUAUUGUUGAAAGCAGGGGCUGUACUUUACGUCAAGACGAAUGUCCCCACCGCAAUGAUGAUUGCCGAGUCCGUGAACAAUACAUUUGGGCGAACUGUGAAUCCUCUGAACAGAAAACUUACAUCUGGCGGUUCAUCUGGAGGCGAGAGUGCUUUGAUCGCAUUUGGAGGUAGUGUGCUUGGCGUCGGCACAGAUAUUGGUGGCUCCUUACGCAUACCGGCAGCUUGCACCGGCAUAUUUACUUUGCGACCUUCAUUCGGUCGGUUUCCUACGGCCAAUGCCAAGUCUGGACUGGCGGGACAAGAGGCUGUCAACUCUGUCAACGGACCAAUGGCACGAACGCUGGACGACAUCGAGUUCUUUGCAAAGAACGUUGUGAAUUCUGAGCCUUGGAAGCUGGAUCCAAAGUGUCUGCCGAUCUCAUGGCGCCCGGUUGACGUUGGCCGGAAGUUGCGCCUCGGAGUCAUCUGGAAUGACGGGAUUGUCGUCCCUACUCCGCCGGUCCGACGAGCGCUUAAGCAUGCUGUUGAGAAGCUGCAAGAAGCCGGCCAUGAGAUUGUUGAUUGGGAGCCAGAACUGCAUCAAGAAGCGAUGGAUCUACUUGCACAAUUCUUCGUCGCGGACGGAGCUAAAUCGGUCAGAGAUAUCCUAGCUCCAGUAGAUGAACCCUUCAGAGAAGAAAUGCUGCCCUAUGCUCAAGCAAAGGAGAUAGGAGUGCAUGAAAUGUGGCAACUCCAAGCGAAGAGAUCCAAGUUGUGUAAGGACUAUUUGGAUCGCUGGAGCCAAGCAGGUCUCGACGGGAUUUUGUGUCCAACAACACCGUUUGCAUCUGUAGAGCACGGCAAGUUCAAGCACGUAGGCUAUACGGGCGUAUUCAACAUCCUAGACUAUUCGGCAGUCUCGUUCCCCAGCGGAAUCUACGCAGACAGUGAGCUGGAUAAGGCGGAAACAGGCAUCAAGACACUGUCGCAGAUGGACGCACAGAUCCAGGCAGAAUACAAUGCGGGAGCGGUUCAUGGGAUGCCAGUGAGUCUGCAACUCAUUGCUAGUAGGCUGGAGGAAGAAAAGGCUGUGGCGAUGACGAGGGUGGUCUUGGAAGGACUUGGAGUGGCUGCAUGA